GGAAUCCCCUCGGAGGAAAUGUAGACUCAGGCUCAGCACACAGGGUUCAGUAGGCAGCCUACACCCCUGAAACAUCCACGUCCCUGCUACAAACAUUUCACUUUGUCACUCCAACAUGAAGGUCUCCAGCAUAGACUGUCGCCGCCUGAGGAAGAUCAUACGGAAGGAGUGUGGGAGUUGUCUGAUUGUGGACUGUAGACCGUAUUUCUCGUUCUCCAGCUCCAGUAUCAGAGGCUCCGUCAAUGUCAACUUGAAUUCAGUGGUGGUCCGGAGGUCCCGCGGCGGUCCGGUGCCUCUACAGUUCAUCAUCCCGGACGAGAAAGCGCUGUUUCGGCUCCGCGAGGGCAGCAUCUCCGCCGUCGUGGCUCUGGAUGACCGCACACCUCAUUUACAAAAACUGAAGAAAGACAGUAUUGCUCAGAUUGUCAUUAAUAGUUUGGCGCACUUGGCGAGUAGCGCGAGCAUCUGCUUCCUGAAAGGAGGCUACGAGAACUUCCAUUCCCAUUACCCCGAGCUUUGCACUGAAACCAAGUCUGUGGAUCUGAGCGAAGACAAAAGUGAAAGAGGCGUCAGCAGUCACUGUGACAAACUGGGUUCUCACCACAAACCAGACUAUGAUCAGGUAAGAGAGAAGAAAGCGAGCUGUUGUUUCCUCAUUUCAACCCACUUCCACCGAAACCACUUCCUCUUAACUAAAAGACAGUCUGUGUUUUUGGUGACUCAUGCUGUUAUUUCGAGAGCUUUUGUAAUGAAUUCAUGUACUUUUCUCUCCACAGAACGUGUGAAAGCAGAGGAAGGUAAAGUGCUGGUCCACUGCGAGGCUGGAAUCUCUCGUUCUCCCACCAUCUGCAUGGCGUACAUCAUGAAAACCCAACGGUUGCGCUUGGAGCAGGCCUUUGACGUCAUCCGACAGCGGCGUGCCAUCAUCUCGCCCAAUUUUAGCUUCAUGGGUCAACUACUGCAGUUCGAGUCGGAGGUGGUUUCUUCCACGCCUCCGUCUGUCACUCCUGCCACUCAAGAGACACCCACCUUCUUUAGUGGUGACUUCACGCUCGAAACCGAGAACUUCGAGUCCUCGGGUUUCACCUUCCCUACCUCCUUCCUGACACCAAUGCCCAUCCAGUCGUCGGUUCACCAGUUCAAACUGAGUCCAAUAACUGCGCUGCCUUAAAAUGGCUGCCUGACUCAUCGCAGUCUCAGUGUACUUGAAAAAUAAUGGAUGGGCGAACUGAAAAAAAGCAAUGGACUAUCACAGGGAAUAAAAAUGUUUAUGUUUUCAUAUUUUAAAAAAAUCAUGGUAGACAGUGUUUGCUUUUUGAUUUUGUUUGCCUUAGAGAAAACCACUGCACAAUGAUUACACUGCAAUACCUGCCUUAGCUCGAUGAUGUUCUGCCAAUCAACAGCGCCUAGCUGGGCAAAUUAAAUUAUUAUUAUUUUUUAAACUGUUUCUUUUUUUAUGAAUUGUGGAUCUGUUA